AUGAGCGGGACACAACAGUCAAGUACAAGAGCUUCCCCAUCUUCGUCAGGCUCGAAGUUUGCACCCUACAAGCAGGCUCUGAAGGCCCUUUCAGAACGCACUCGCACCCCUCUGCCUUCUCUCGUAUUCUCCUUCGCCAUUCUCCAUGAACUGACAGCCAUCAUUCCGCUUGGUGGUUUCUUUUUCGCCGCUCGUGCGUUCAACGUAGGUGACAGGAUUACCCGAAAUUUUCCUGCUCGAACAUCUGAAGGAGCUGCGGCGCCGGAUGCUAAAAAUUCAUCGGUGGCAAACGCACCAACCUCCGGAUGGAUGGCCGCCAAAAGUCGGGAGUGGUGGCAAGAAGGGCAGACGUGGGCGGAAAGAGUGGGCAGGCGAUACGGCUUCUUCGGGCUAGAAAAGCGCAACGGCAGAGACAGCAAUUCUUCUGAAAGCAUUUGGUCGUCGGAGCAAGUGGCCGGCGACGUGGUGAACGCUGUUGUUGCAUAUUGCCUUACAAAAGCCCUAUUACCUGCCCGCAUCGGAUUAUCGUUGUAUCUCUCUCCAGCCUUCUCGCGAGGAGUGAUAGAACCCAUGCGAUUGACAACUCUGCGAGCCUUUUCCCGCAAACCCCGUUCUCCUCCGGUAUAA